UGGAUUUCUUCAACUAAUGAGGAUCAUUUAGUUUCCGAAACUAUGAGUACUUUCUCACUGGAGACCUACAAGUUUUUCCUUCUUGUGUCUUUCUUCAUGUUACUUUCUAAUGGUUGGAGCCUUGGCGUGAUCCCUAAUCAUGUUAAGUUGAUGAACUUGCAAGAAGCAAGACCUGCAAAUGAAGAGAAAGGAGCAAAGAAAGACAUGGGAAUGGAACUUUACCCAACUGGCUCUACCUUACCGGAUUGUUCUCAUGCAUGUGGAUCAUGCUUUCCCUGCAAGAGGGUUAUAGUGAGCUACAAGUGCUUGAUUGCAGAGUCUUGCCCUGUUGUUUACAGGUGCAUGUGUAAAGGGAAAUAUUACCAUGUACCAUCCAAUGGAUAAGACCCUAUAUUUUUAAGUGGUGGAUCAUUGUUGAAAUUCUGCUAAAGAAGAAAAUGAGUGUUGUAAUUUUAUCUAUUUGGAGUCGGUUUAGUUGGUUAGACUCUAAUUUUGCCUCAGUUAAAGAUAUGACGACAGCUUUUGUCACCAAGUAUUGAAU